AUGGAUCAGAUCAAGUUAGUGAUCAGCAGCGCUGGUGAUAAAGUGGCGGGUGCUGCGAACGAUGCCAGCAAAACAAUAGCGAAUAUGACAGGUGAAAAGAACAGUACGAACAAGACGAGCGCUUCAAAUGCAUCCAGUUUGGACAUGUUUAACAGUACAUGCCCAAAUCUGACGAAAAAGCAGCGCAUGAUUGGUUUCAUAUCGUGUUUUGUGCUUGGAUUUCUCGUGAGCUUUGGAUCAACGUUUGCUUUAAUCGUCGGUUCGGAUAAUGGUACAAAAUUUGGUAUCACUUAUAGUCUUGGUAAUAUCAUUUCACUUUGCGGAUCAGGAUUUCUAGUGGGUCCAAAGCAGCAGGUGAAGCUCAUGUUUAAACCUUUGCGACGCAUUGCAACCAUCAUUUAUCUUGCAAUGAUUGUUGUGGUGCUGGUAGUUGCUUUAACGGCGCCGCAACUCGGUUUAGUGGUGCUGCUGCUGGUGAUUGUUCAGUGUGUAGCUGCUGUUUGGUACUCAGCAAGUUAUAUCCCUUUUGGACGCAAAGUUCUCAAAAGUAUUGCUCAAAAAGUCUGUGGUGCUCAAGUUUAA